GUUCUGGAACUUAAAGAACACAAGUUAGAUGGCAAGUUGAUAGACCCCAAAAGGGCUAAAGCUUUAAAGGGAAAGGAGCCCCCCAAAAAAGUAUUUGUCGGCGGACUGAGCCCAGAUACGUCCGAAGAACAAAUCAAAGAAUAUUUUGGAGCAUUUGGAGAGAUUGAGAAUAUUGAACUUCCUAUGGACACAAAAACAAAUGAAAGAAGAGGAUUUUGUUUUAUCACAUAUACAGAUGAAGAACCAGUAAAGAAAUUAUUAGAAAACAGAUAUCAUCAGAUUGGUUCUGGGAAGUGUGAAAUCAAAGUUGCCCAGCCCAAAGAGGUAUACAGGCAGCAACAGCAACAACAGAAAGGAGGGAGGGGCGCUGCAGCUGGUGGACGAGGUGGGACUAGGGGUCGUGGCCGAGGUCAGGGCCAAAACUGGAACCAAGGAUUUAAUAACUAUUAUGAUCAAGGAUAUGGAAAUUACAAUAGUGCCUAUGGUGGUGAUCAAAACUAUAGUGGCUAUGGCGGAUAUGAUUAUACUGGGUAUAACUAUGGGAACUAUGGAUAUGGACAGGGAUAUGCAGACUACAGUGGUCAACAAAGCACAUAUGGCAAAGCAUCCAGAGGGGGUGGUAAUCACCAAAACAAUUACCAACCAUAUUAAAGAAGGACAUGGAGAAAACAGGUGCAGAUGCUACAGCAACCUUAUCUUGCAGGAUGACGACAUUGAAUGGAGAGUGGUCUUCUAUUGAUCUGAGAUGACUAUUUUGUAAAAGACUUGUAGUGUACAUGACACAACUGUGUCCAAUUGUAUAUAGCGGCCGAUUUAGUUUUCUUGUUUUUACUUUGUCCUUUGCCAUCUGUGUUAUGACAAAUGUGGAUUUGUGUUUAUACAAAUUUUAUUUGUAUAAUUUCAUGUUAAAUGAUUCUCAACAAUAAAUUACUUGUGAUUGUUUUUCUGUGUCAGGUACUAAAUAGCUCUGUAAAAAAUGUAAUUUUAAAUAAGCAAUAAUUGAGGCACAGUUUAUUUUCUAGGGAGUCAUGAACAGUGGGGAGAAACAGUGGUCCUUUAUAAAUAGCGAGCAUCAAACUUUGCCUUAGUCUCCUAAUUCCCUCAACAAGGUCUAUGCUAAGGAUUCAUGUCCAUGUUUUAAACCAUAGAUCCUACCAUGCAAUUGAACAGUGUUUGUCCCCCAUGUGCAUUCUUGGGAUCUUUGUAAUGAGAAGUGUUAUUAAUUCAGCAUGUGAAAUAGCUGAAAUUGUUUCUAUUGGGCCAUAGAUCCCUUGGCUUUUAUUUUCAAGAGGAGCACCUUUUUAUUAAAACACCAUUAAAUAAGGCAUAGUUAAUAACUUUAUGAGUUGACAAGUUGUGCUUUGAGCCUAUUUGUAAAAAAAAAAAACACCCAUCUAUUAUGAUUAUUUGACACUUACAUUGAAUGUGAGUGUAAUUCAAAUUGCAUAUUUCUAUAUCCAUUGAAACUGGGUCAAAGAUUAAUAUGGGCAAGAUUUUCAUUAUAGAAUUGUAAGUAAAUUGUACUCUGAAAUAGUGCAUUAUGUCACUGCCACUGCCAAACCGUACAUAGCUAUUUCCUGUUGGAACACGUACUUGGAAAGCUUUAGUAGAGUUACGGCUUUUGUCGUGAAAGUUUUUAGGUAAAGUCAAUAGUAAAUCCCAUAAACUCAUGUAUUGUUUUGUAUUCUCAAUAAAGGUUAUUUUUCCAUUU